UAAUCUCCGAGACUAUAAUGUAAAGAGUUAGCAAACAGACAGCGACAGAAAGCACGCUGUUUCCCGGUGGAGAUUGAUGAUCAUCCCCCUCCCCAGAGCUCCUGGUGUUUCUAUAGUAAUUUCCAGCCAAUGAUCAGUUGGUGUCCACACAUCCCCAUCCUCCUCACCUCAGCACCAAUCAGCCACACACAGCGACAGGAGACACCUCACCUCCAGUCAUCGCUCCACGGACAACAGGCUCAACCCGGACGCCAUCGCAAACAAAUACCUUUCCGUCUACUUUUCUUCACGUGUAGAAUGGCGUUUUGUGCGUAAAGAUGGUGUUUUUGUGGUGAUCCCUCGGCGUGUGUUUAUUGUGCAUUCAUCGCAGUAAUGUGCUGCCCUGGUGUCUGGAUUGUCUGUGGAGAGGAUAAACCCAGGAUGGUAAUGUGUUGUGUCUAACAAGCUUCACCUUCAAAAGAACAACUGGCACCCUUCACCAAAAAAAAUUUGUGAGUGCUUGAAACUUAACAGUCAUGUCUAAUCUCAACAAUGCACUUUGCAUUGAAAGCGGCCAGAGCACCGACGUGUCACUCUUGCAAAAGGAUAAUCUUCAGGAUGGUGGAUUAAGCCAGCUGUUGGAUUACAAUGCAGAAAUGGAAAGAUACAGGUCAUUUGCAAACUUUUACAAAACCAAUGGAGCAUUUCCACAGACUGCUAAGAUUGCCCGCAUAACGACACCAAUUUUUCCCAGCGCCAGAAUUGGCGUGUCCCCUUGGAACUGUGAUAACGGCAUGCUCUGGGGAAGGAAAUCAGCAGCAAUAAACCCUAAUAGGACCAGCAUGCAUAGAAACGACUCCCAAAGGCCGGGGAAACCUGGCGUGCCGCCAGAGACGCUGCAAAUGGCAAAUAAUAAUUUCCUCUCUAGCUUAUCCCCUGAACACUGCAGACCUUUAGCAGGAGAAUGCAUGAACAAGCUGAAAUGCGGUGCUGCUGAAGCAGAGAUAAUGAAUCUCCCGGAACGUGUUGGAACUUUUUCCGCUAUUCCGGCUUUAGGGGGCAUCUCAUUACCUCCCGGGGUCAUCGUCAUGACAGCCCUUCACUCCCCCGCAGCCUCAGCAGCCGUUACAGACAGUGCGUUUCAAAUUGCCAAUCUGGCAGACUGCCCACAGAAUAAUUCCUCCGCAUCCAGCGGAAACCCAGCGAAAAAGAAAAGGAAAAGGUGUGGGGUCUGUGCGCCCUGCAGGAGGCUAAUCAACUGUGGAGUGUGCAGCAGUUGUCGGAACCGUAAGACGGGCCACCAGAUCUGCAAGUUUCGGAAAUGCGAGGAGCUAAAAAAGAAGCCUGGCUCAUCACUAGAGAGAACACCAGUAAACAGCGGAGAAGCAUUUCGAUGGUUCUUUUAGGACUCUCAAAUACGUGACAUCAUAUGGACUGAUGUAACAGACUUACCACAAAAGGAAAUUGCAGGGCUACAAACCCAAAACAAAACCCAGACUGUGGAUGACAGAGCAUGAGAGGGUUUGACAAGUUAAACAAAGGAAGAAAAAAAACUUUGUAAUUUUAUUUCCUGUGUAAUUAUUAUUGUACCUUUUGGCAGCAUCAAUGUAUAUUUUUCAGUGUCUAUCAAUGUGUUUCAGUGUCUUGGCUGUGCAAGUUGCAAGCAUUGUUGUAAAGAACUGAGUAGACAAUCAUUACAAACAGAGGAAAAUAAUGUCAGCCAGUGGGCUAAUGGCCAUUUGGAUCACAAACAUAUUUUUAAAUCUGGAGCAAUAAUUAUAAAGGUAAUUGUUCACCUCCUAAUUGCCACCACUUUACACUUUUCUAAGGAAUGAUCUUAAAAAUACCUCUUUUCACCUAAACCGACAAGUUCGAGACACACAUUAGCUAUGUUUUCAUCUAUUAUCUAUUAUACUAUCACCAAAAAAGCAUUACAUUUUGAAAAUUUGGUCAAAACUUAUACCCAUAACUAAGAUAACUUUUUAUCUGGUUAGAAAAAACAUGCACAUAAACUAUGACGGAAACAAAUAUACAGAAUAAAUUCCACUGUGCGCAAUCAUGUGAUUUUGUUUCAGCAUCAGUAAUGUUGUUUUGGUCAAGUCUUCACAGUAGUUAAGUUUCAUUACUUCCCAGAACUGUCUCAUGCCUCAAAAAGCCACUGUGCGUUUAUUACAUUUCAUUGUCUUCUAAGAUGCAAGUAUUUUAGUAUAUAAGUAUGAAACAGCCCACAGUGACCUCCUACAGCAGCAAAUUUCAGGCAAAUGUUUGCCAGUUUAUGAAAUUUUCAUUCUCUUUGACUCACUGGAUGGAAACAGUGCUUUAUUCGCAAAUUUUUAAUGCGAUAUUCCAGUUUUGCGCAUAAACUUAAAUCUCAUCAAUUUGAAUGGAAACAUAGCUACUGUGAUUAAUCUCUCAUUAAUGUGAUGUUUUGUAUUUGACAGACUUUGUAUGAACAGUAAGCAAAAGCCAGGAAUUUUCUUUCUUUUCAGCUGUGUUAAUUUUUUGUGUGGCACAUUAUCUUGUUGCCAUGGUGCACUUUUAAAGGUCCGGUAAUGCUGAGAGACGGUGGUCUAAGGUUGUUUGUAUAGUCUCUCAAAGUUCGAUCACAUUCCACUUAGUUUUGGUUGAAAUUCUUUCAAAAGACUACCUAAAGGUAGGUAGCGAGCCAGUACAAAACAUUUAUGGAAAUCAAAGUAAGAUUUGUGACAUGAUAUUUUAAGUCUCACAACACAGUAAACAACACAUUCCGAUAUGAAUUAUCCAAUAAGUUGCUCAUUGUCUUUACCCUAAUGUUGCAUGUGUAAGUGUGUUUUUGUUUUAAAGAUAACAAAAAAUUUGUAUAUUGUUGUUGUGAUGCUUUUAUGUGUUAAAAUAAUAAAGGAAAGGAAAAAAAAAAGGAAAAACGGUGAAAAAAAAUUAUUUGAUGCUAUAAUUUGAACAAUUUUUACAUCUGUAUAGUGUUUCUAUCUUUUAUCCUAAUAUAAGCAUACAUUUCCUCUGUUUCUAUGUGGCUGUCACAGGGGAUAAAAAAGUGGGAAGAAAAUACAGGAAAAAAACAGACAUUGUCAUCCCAUCUUUCCAGAGAAUGCAGAAAUGUCACAUGGAAAAGAGAAUGACUCCCAGAGGCGUUAAGCCUUAAAGAGACACUGAAAUCCCUUGCGGUUUGUAAUGCGUGGAACGGGUGGGUUUUGGGGGGCAGGCGGUGGUUUGGGGGAAUCAAGGAUAUCGCAAGGAUAGAAUAAUUUUGGUGUGGAACAUGGAACAAAGGAGCUUCUUUCAGGAAAACAGAAGGAAUAUGCUUUCUGGAAAAUAUAAUGAUAUUGAUGGCUCGACUCAUGGUUCCAAACUAGCCAUCCUUUACAACUUAUGCAGCAAAUGUUUUACGCAGCGGACGCCCUUCCAGCUGAACCCGUCACUGGGAACAUUCAUACACUUCCAUCCACACAGAAAUGCCAACCAACCCAGCUGGGGCUCGAACCAGCGACCUUCUUGCUGUGAGGCUGCCUGUAACUGUUAUUUGCAAUCAAAUUACAUUUUUU